AGUUGUUUUUUUUUUUUUUUGGUCAAAAAGCCGGAGAGUUUAGUUUAGCUACAUGUUACUUCCUUACCUUCUACUUCCCCAGUCUCGUUCAGAGGCAUAAGUUCGCAGGUUCACAUCAUUCCAAUGGAUAAUUCGAAAUCCUCAGCCAACUCAAAUCCUUGAUACAAAACAUUGCUGCCCCCCCCCCCCUCUAGGAAAGAACCACUGAGAAAAUCUCUAUAACACCAAGAACUCGAGGAAAAUUAAUGGCGAGACCCAUCAGCAUCUGGUUGCAGUAUCUCGCCUCUGUCCUGUUUUAUGGCGCAAUCUUUCACUGUAAAGCACAGACGCCGCCUCAGCAAGGUACCCAAACUUCAUUUCAAUUUCUGCGUUUCCAUUUGUUUCUUUUAUGUUUCUUUGGGCAAGAAACCGAUUGUUCUUUCGUGAUUAUUCUUUGCUCAGAACCAAAUUACCUGAGGUUUGUGUUCAACGCCAGUGAAAUGCCCUCUGAAGAUAGCUAUGAUUACAUCAUUGUCGGUGGUGGCACUGCCGGUUGCCCAUUGGCGGCGACAUUGUCGCCUAUGUUUCGAGUUCUCGUGCUUGAACGUGGAGGAAUUGGCUAUGGCAGACUCAACUUGAUGACCCAAGAAGGGUUCUUGACGACUCUCAUGGAUAAUCCCCACACUUACGACUCACCUGCACAAUCCUUCACUUCUGAAGAUGGCGUCUCGAAUGCUCGGGGACGCGUUCUUGGUGGAAGCAGCGCCAUUAACGCCGGCUUCUACAGCCGCGCCGAUGAAGAUUUCUUCAGAAGGUCCCGUAUACCGUGGGACCUCAAACUCGUGAACGAAUCAUACGAAUGGGUUGAAAAACAAAUUGUGUUCAAACCAGUGAUCAAGACUUGGCAGUCUGCGGUUCGUGAUGGGUUGAUCGAAUCAGGGGUUGGUCCAUACAAUGGAUUCAGCUUAGAUCACAAAAUCGGAACCAAAAUUGGUGGCACAACGUUUGAUCCCUCCGGAAAAAGACGCAGUGCGGCUGACCUACUAACCCACGCCAGAGCACGCAAUAUCAGAGUAGCCAUAUAUGCGAGCGUAGAUAGAAUCCUUCUCGCUUCGGAAACUUCAAACUCAAAACAAUCCGCAAUUGGGGUUGUUUAUCGUGAUCAAAUUGGAAUUCACCAUCAUGCACUGUUACGCGAACAUGGAGAAGUAAUCCUCAGUGCAGGCGCCAUAGGAACUCCUCAGCUUCUUCUUCUGAGUGGAAUCGGUCCAAGGCCUUAUCUAUCUUCUUGGGGCAUUCCAGUGUCUCAUCAUCUUCCUCACGUUGGGCAGUUUCUCUACGAUAAUCCACGAAACAGUAUCAGCUUCGUGCCUUCAAUCCCACUCGAGCAUUCUCUCAUACAGGUUGUGGGCAUAACAGAUUCAGGGGCAUAUAUUGAAGCAGCUUCAACCGUAAUUCCCUUUACAUCGCCUUCUCGUUCUGCAUUCAUCAGAACACCAUCGCCGCCGCUUUACCUCACGGUGGCAACCCUAAUUGCAAAGACCAUAGGGCCGGUGUCGAGUGGGUUUCUGCGACUGGCAUCAACAGACGUGAGGGUGAAUCCCAUAGUUAGAUUCAAUUACUUCAACAGGGCGAUAGACGUUGAACGGUGCGUGAACGGGACGAGGAAGAUUGGGCAAAUUCUGAGCAGCAGAGCGUUCAAUGAUUUCAAAUUCAGAAACUGGUUAGGGGGAAGAGAGUUCAGAAUCGCGGGACCGGCAAUGCCUUUGAACCAGAUGAACUACGUGGAGAUGGCGGCUUUCUGUCGCCGGACGGUGAACACCAUAUGGCAUUAUCACGGCGGAUGUGUGGUGGGGAGGGUGGUUGACCCGUCGCUUAGGGUCAUCGGCGUUGCUUCGCUUCGGGUUGUGGAUGGUUCCGUCUUCAGUAUAUCGCCAGGCACAAAUCCUCAAGCCACCAUCAUGAUGCUCGGAAGGUACAUGGGGAGCAAGAUGAUCAGAGAAAGGGCAAGAAUACCAAAAAGCAGAUGAAUAUACUACUAAUUGAUCUUCAAGUUGUUUUCUUGACAAAUUCCACUGUAGGAUAUUGUAGGUUGUUAAUUGAUUCAGGCAAACAUGGUCUUCUUCUUGUUUCCAUACCCUUUUCAUCAAAAUUAGCAGUUCUGUACAUA